AACAUAAGAAGAUAAUUCGGUGGAUGGUAAAAUGUCUGAUGAUGAACAGAACGACCGUAGUCAACGAAGAAGUUUAACAAUAAGUGCCACUCCUUACGCACGAAAAGUAAAAAAGCCCGAAGAGUUAUCAGACGAACAGUUUGCAAACAUUUUAUACACAUUCACCCUUAUUGAUGCUAAUAAGGACGGAAGAAUCUCCAAACUAGAGCUAAAAGACGCCGCCUUUCUGAUUGGGAUGAACCCCACUGAUAGAGAUAUCAAGGCGUGGUGGAAGAUUGCAGACACCAAUCAGGAUGGUUUUAUUGACGUCAAUGAGUAUGUAGCCGUGAUGAAAUCCAACUAUAGCACGUUAGACAUAGAAAAAGAAAGACUUAAGGCGGCAUUCCGAGUUCUAGACAGGAACGGAGACGGGCUAAUACACAGGGUGGACUUUAUUCAUAUAUUAACCUGUAACAAUAGUUCUAUCUCAAAAGAGGAAGCGGACAAAAUGUUCACAGAAGCAGAUACUUCAAGAAAAGGUUUCAUUGUCUACAAAGAUUUUGUCGAUUCAAAGCUAUGCACAUCGAUUUUUCAGUGAAGAUUUUGCAUUUGUUCACCGAAGAAUUGUGGAGAGGAUAUUCGAUGUUAAAGAAAGACAAUUCUGAAUUUUAUUUCAUGU